UGUUUGUGUAAGGGAUCAAAAGGCAAACAGAGAAUCGCAUAUACUCAAAGUCUUAAUCGAAGAAUCAAAAGAUAAGUGAGAGGAACAAAUGGCUGACAACAGUAACAAGAUGAGCUUCCAAGCCGGUCAGGCCAAGGGCCAAACUCAGGAGAAGGCUAGCAACAUGAUGGACAAGGCAUCCAAUGCUGCCCAAUCUGCCAAGGACUCCAUGCAUGAGGCAAACGAGUUUUGA